UAAAAAUAACAAGAGUAAUUGAAGUUUUUGCUACCUUUCAGUCUAUGUGAGUUCAUGUUCUUUACUUCACCUCCAGCAUUUGGCCUCAGGUGAUCAGCAGAAAAGCCAACCUGCUCUGCAGAAAGACACGCCGCAAGAGAAGAAGAAAGUUACGCAACAAAUACAAGAAACAUCAUGUUGCAGAACAACCGGCAUUACUCCGAGUCGAGCUGCGCAGGGGGAACAUACUACUACUUCUCCAGGAACAUCCCCCAUCCUCGGAUGGUCCGUCACAUGCCAGGAUUAAACAACGCUCUGAUCUGUGUUGUAAGAAGCAGCUUUUCACAAGAACACCCGUCUGCUGGCAACACAGUCAUCCCCCAGCAAGAAGGUGAUCAAGAAGAACACGUGCUAACUGGGAACACCAGAACCAACAGCCGCAACCUUCCAAGGCUUGAGGGUUUCCUGCGAAGGGAGCGAGGCACUUCACGGCCCAUGACACAAGGACAUGCAGAUCUUCCUGAAAGGAUUCAAAGUGAGCCUACUUUGUCUGAAAAGCUUUUGAAAAAACGAUUCCAAGCCUCUGCACAACCUGCAAGUCGACAGGGAAUCCACAGUGUGUCUGUCACCCAGCCUUCCUCUCCAUUUGUCAACUUGCGUCAUGGUCCUCAUGUCCAGCAGAACGUGAAUUUGGACCUGAACUACCUGGAUCAGGACAUAAAGGUCCUGGGAAAACUUGGCCAAGUCCUACAGACGGAUUCGCUUACCGAGAUCCAGAAAUGGUUCGCAAGGGCAAGUACGGAAGAGAAAGACUUCGUGUCCAGCAUGAUUUUUUCAGAACCAACUGACAAAGGCGUGCUGAAUUCUAAGGAAGGUACAGCAGAGCACAUCAAUACCCAGACUCUGCUAAAGCCUCUCCCUUCUCUUCAGAGAGGACCAGAAGAGAAAAAGAAUCAGUCCAGAAAAGGAGAAACUUUUGCUCUCAACACUGAGAAACACAGGUCCAGCACAAGCAGACACACUGUCCCCAGGAAGAACUGCAACUGAGAAAGUGCAUGGAGACAAGUGACCAUCCUGCCUUCACACUCCAGCAGAAGUCUCACCUGUGCCAGAGCCGCCCCCAAACAACAGAUAUCUCCUUUCCAGUGGAGGCCUUUCACAUACAAAAAUAUGUAACCUUAGCACUUCUAUUAUAAAGAUAGCUGUUCAGACACCCUGUUAAAAUAAAUUUAUGCUCGUUAUAUUUAGUCCUCAGGUAAUUAAACCAAACCAUGCCGCAUAGAUACAUGAGAAGUCAGCUCAAUGGAAAAAAGGAGAGAGGCCACUCUUUUUGGCAUCAAAUUCAUCUUUUUGCAUGACUCAGCCAGGCCUGCACAAAGAGCUCUUGCAUGCAGACCUGAAGCUACAGUCACAGACAUUCUGGGUUGAGAAGAGGGACACACACACACGUGAUCUGCAGAGAUGCACAUCAAGCCCUAGGCACCGGGGGGAAAAGGUACCCUGGAGUUUCAAAAUCUGAAGAGCAGAGUGACUGCAGAUGUGAGCUUCACAGCAAGCUAGAAUUUGCUUCCAUAGCUCUCGUUAUUAGCGGAGAAGCAUCACAAACUGUAGUAUCCUAUGGUGGGAGAUGGGACAGGACAGGACGGGAUGGGAUGACACCAAACAAACAUUAAAACCACCAUGCAAACCUCAAGCCGUUGAAAUAGAGGCCCACAAUGACAGAAAUAUAUCUGGACCUUUGUUGGACCUUGUGAGUGAACUGGGAAAGCAGAAGGAUUGGGGUUUAUCGGUUUGAAACAUUAAGCGUUAAGUAGUGAAGAGCUUAGCUCAGGGCAGAGCCCAGUGUGCCCUUUCCAGGAGCCUUCACUUCAAACCAUAUCCACUGUAGUCACUACCACCUCCAUUCUCAUUUUCCACUGCAGGAGAGGAGCAUGCUAAGGCCUGGGGAACAAGUACUCCCUGUAAGAGAGAGUGAGGCAUUGCUGGAAGGAGGAAUUCAAGAAAUUCAAAGGAUGAUUUAU